GCCGCCACCGACUAAUCGAGCACUCAAUCGCAGCACAGCGAUAUGGAUUCCUCCCUCGGCUUGGCCCUCCCUCUACCGUUCGACGAGAACGACCCGGACGAGAUGCUCCUGCUCAGCAUGCUCGGCGCCUUCUCCUCCUCCGCCACCUCGUCGGCAGGCGCUCGCUCGGCGUCGGGCAAAGACUCCGAGGAAGUCGAGUCGGCCGAGAAGGCGAAGCCGUACCGCGGCGUGCGGCGACGGCCGUGGGGCAAGUUCGCGGCUGAAAUCAGGGACUCCACCCGGCGGGGCGCGCGCGUGUGGCUGGGGACGUUCGACACCGCCGAGGCCGCGGCGCUGGCCUACGACCAGGCCGCGUUCGCGCUGCGGGGGCCGAACGCGGUGCUCAACUUUCCCGUGGAGAGGGUCCGUGAGUCGCUGAGUGGCGGGCGGUGUGGCGGCGCGGAGGCUUUGGAGGAGGGCGUGUCGCCGGUGGUGGCGCUGAAGCGGAGGAACUCGUUGAGGAGGCCGAAGAGAUCGGGAAUCAAGAAGGUGAAAGCGAGAAGGGGGAAAGAGCUGGUGGAGUUGGAGGAUCUCGGAGCAGAGUACUUAGAGGAGCUCUUGCGAACUGCAGAUUGCGGUACCACCACCAUGGAGCACUCCAUUUAAGCUCAUAAUUAAGACGAAGAAGCGGGAGAUUCUGUGAACUGCUUCGCCUUUUUUAUAAUCCCCGAUGCUUAUCGCUCAGUGUAAAUUUUUUUCUCUAUAAGAUUCGAAAACCAUAUCCGAAUCUCACUCAAUGGAAGCUUUUGAUCCUCGCUCACAGAGCAUUCCUAUUCA